AUGCUGGAUCUGCUCAGUACCGGCAUCCCAGAUACGCCGGUAGCACGGGUGGAAACACCCGUUCCGACCCGAGGAGGUGGCGGCAGCCGGGGCUCUGGUGGCAGUAGGGGCAGAGGCCCUAGGGGCGGAGGCGGCAGUCGUGGCACCGGCAACGUCGGUGGACACUCGGGCAGCUCCCCCGGCAUUGCGAGUAGCGAGGGCAGUGGCCCCGGCGGUAGCGGUGAUCAGCCCGAGGGGUCCAGCCGCGGCAAGCCAUACAGCAAAGACGAGAGCAUUGCCGUGGCGAAGGCGUGGGAUGCUAUCACUUCGGACCCCGUGGUGGGUACCGAUCAGGAGUCGGGGAGCUUUUGGAGGCACGUCAUGAUGGCAUACGAGGAAUUGAAGCCCGACGGCGCCGAGAAGCGCGACCCAGAACAGAUCUGA